CUUGAAAAAGAAAACAUUGCAGAACCAUGUCCACAUCACAAACUCACGUGCUCGCUUACCCCUUCCCUUCUUCAGGUCACGUGAUCCCAAUCAUUGACCUCGCCAAAGCCCUUGUAUCUCGCGGUGUACGAGUCACGGUUUUAGUCACUUCAUCGAACCAAGCCUUAGUCCCAACCACCUAUUCCCCUCUUCUCCAAACUCUUCUUCUACCCGCGCCUAACGCCUCCGACCCCAACCAAAUCAGGCUCGUAGCUCUCGUCACCUUCAUGCGCCAAUACCACUACCCCAUCCUCCUCGACUGGGCCCAGGCCCACCUUCCACCCCCUUCAGUUAUCAUCUCUGACUUCUUCCUCGGCUGGACCCACCACCUCGCACGUGACCUCAACGUGCCACGCCUCGUUUUCUCCCCCUCCGGUGCUUUCGCUCUUUCCGUCUCUUACUCCCUCUGGCGCGACACCCCCCGAAACGACAACCCCGAAGACCCCAACUCCGUCGUUUCGUUCCCCGACCUACCGAACUCCCCAGUUUACCCCUGGUGGCAAAUCACGCACCAAUUCACAGCCCCCGAGAGAGGGGGACCCGAAUGGGAAUUUCACAGGGAGAACAUGCUCUUCAACAUUGACUCAUGGGGCGUCGUUUUCAACACGUUCACCGAAUUAGAACGUGUUUACCUUGACCACAUGAAGAAAUAUCUUCACCAACGAGUAUGGGCCGUGGGUCCGGUUCUACCGGACCAGAAAAGCGGACCGGAAAACCGAGGUGGGUCAAGCACCGUCACGCGCCAUAACCUCAUGGAAUGGCUCGACGCACGCGCGGAUGGUUCGGUUGUUUACGUGUGCUUCGGGAGCCGCACCUUUCUCACGAACUCACAAAUGGAGGUGUUGACACGUGCCCUAGAGUUAAGUGGGGUCCACUUCAUUUUAUCCGUUAGGACUCCCGAUGAGAGACACGUGGCGCAGGGCCACGGUAAGAUACCGAGUGGGUUCGCGGAUCAGGUGCGAGGCAAGGGGUUUGUAAUAGAAGGGUGGGCCCCGCAGCUGGUAAUACUGAGUCACGGCGCGGUGGGAUCGUUCAUGACUCACUGCGGGUGGAACUCGGUCGUUGAAGGGUUAGUUUCAGGGGUAGUAAUGCUGACGUGGCCCAUGGGUGCGGACCAAUACACGAACGCGAAGCUGUUGGUGGAUGAAUUAGGGGUUGCGAUUCGCGCCGCAGAAGGGAUCGAGAAGGUUCCAGAAGCGAUAGUGAUGGCGAAGAGCAUGGAGAGGUCAUUGGGGAUGACGAAGGAGAGAGUUCGAGCCCUUGAGUUACGAAACGCUGCGUUGCGUGCUAUCAAGAAGGAUGGUAGCUCUCACAAGGACUUGGAUGCCCUCGUUCACAAACUCAAUCAACUUUAAGCAUUAGAAAGUGGUAUAAGCAUCUCUGCUAUUCCACCCUUAGGAAAGAACUUGAAUUAGAGUAAAAUUCACAACAGAAUAUGAUUGAAACUCAUUAAUGAAAUUCAGCAAAAGUUGCUGUUACUACAAAAAUUACACAUCUAUACAAAUAAAUAAGUGAAUAUGCAGUUAAAUAAAAUAAUUUUGUCUAUCUCUCACUCAAAUUUGAGAUAGUGACAUCGUUAACUGAAUAGGGUGAUAGGUUCUCAAAAUCACAGUCUCCUUUAGUUGAGAUUUCUUCUGUUAAGUAACACGGAUCCUUAGGUACAGGCAAUGCACCCUCGUUGCUCAAUAAUACCACUACAGUGCUCAUGUUUGGCCUAUCUUUUGGAUGAUGCUGCACACAUAAAAGACCAAUAUGAAUGCAUCGCAAGACUUCAGAGAGAAUACAAGAGUCCUCCAAACUAGCAUCAAUGAACUGCAUUGGAACACCCUCUUUCCAUGACUUCCAUGCCUAAGACAUUUUAAAACAACGGUCAUCAACCAGUUCAUAAAAUAAAAACUGAAACUGUUAAUGAUACUUACUUGCCCUGUAAGAUUAUUGUAGUCACUUAGAUAGAAGAGUCUAGAAUUUUUCUUGCCACUUAUAAUCUCUAGCAAUAAUAUGCCAAAACUAAAUACAUCGGAUUUGAUAGAGAAUAUUCCGUCAAAAGCAUAUUCUGGCGCCAUAUAACCGCUGAAAAAAAUUCAAAAAGAGUUGAUUGAAUAUAUUAGAUUAUUGUAUAAUAAUAAUAUUUUAGUAGAAAUAAAGAUACCUACAAUGUACCAACUACUUUGCUUGUAUUCCCUUCAAUUUGAUCACCUCGGCACAUUCGAGCUAGGCCAAAAUCUGAAAUUUUUGGAUUCAUCUCAUAAUCUAAUAAGACAUUACUUGCCUUAAGAUCUCUGUGUAUGAUCCUUAGUCUUGAGUCUUGAUGAAGAUAGAGUAGUCCACGGGCAAUUCCAUUUAUAAUGCAAAAGCGCUUUGGCCAAUCUAGAAGUUUACUGCGAUCAGAAUCUACCAAAUUUCAUGGUUAUCUUCUAAUAUUGCAAAAAAUAUGAGAAAAAUGAAAUUCUAAAUUCAACUAAGAAUUAGUUUUGACAGAAACACUAACCAAAGAGAAAAAAAUCAAGGCUUUUGUUGGCCAUAAAUUCGUAUACAAGUAAUUUCUCAUUAUCUUGAAUGCAGCAGCCAAGAACUUUAACAAGAUUUCGAUGUUGUAGUUUAGCACAUAGCAUAACUUCAUUCUUAAAUUCUUUUAAUCCUUGUAUAGAUGUUUGUGAAAGCCUCUUAACCGCAAUCUCUUGUCCAUCUGGUAGUGUUCCCUAAGCAAAUCACAUUUGUCAGGAAAAAAAAAAUAAAUGUAGUGAAUAACAGUUUUUGUGCUAUGUGGCACACUUACCCUGUAUACAGGUCCAAAACCCCCUUCACCAAGCUUGUUUUGAUUUGAGAAGUGAUCUGUAGCAUGUGCCAUUAAGGCAAGGUCAAAUAAUGGUAGUUCCAAGUCUUCUUGCUUGCUUUCAUUGUUCUUUACUCUUAUCCUUGUGAUGAUCUCUGUUUCCAUGCAAACGAAUUGAAUGAGAAAAAUUAUCUUGCAACCUGUACUAAAAAAGUUUCCUUUUGAACAACAACAACAACAAUUAAGACUUAUCCGCUUCCUUUUGACCUACAAUACUUUGAAAUUUAUUGUAAGUGUUUGGUUUUUAAUUAUAAGUUUUUAUUUUAAAAAUGCCAUUCAUUAUUGUGGGGUCGAAAGGAGGAAAUGACUACAAAAUCUGUUUAAUAUUUCCAGACAAUAAUAUAUAUGAAGAUUAUGAACAACGCUUCCCUCUGAUUUCAAAAGGAAUGGACACAAUCACAUCCUUCUACGACUUCAUGUGACCAUUCUAAAUAUUAUGUGUUGGCUCUUCCAUGGAAAAUAUGGGAAAAUCAUUAUGAAUAGGUAACAUGGGUUAGGCGGAGACUUACCUUUGAUUUUUGUGUUGCUCCUCCAAUGAAUGAAUAUGAAAAUUAAAAAUAUCGCAAUAACAGAAAACACAGCACUUGUGAUCACAGCCACAUUUUUCUUUGAACCACCUUUUGCACCUUGAAUUCCUUAACAAAUAAAGGGAAAUAAAUAGUCA